GAUUUUUUUUCUUCUUUCUCAAUAUAUCAUCAUGGGUAGUCGUAAGUUUCUUCAUGUGUUUUGCUUUGUUUUGUUGGCUGUUGGCAUUUGUUCUGCUGGCAGAACCCUAAUUGCCAAGGAAGAAGAGGAUGUUUCCGCCCACAUUCAUACUUCACUCACUGGUUAUGAAGGUGUUGUGGCUGGCGGACACGGUGGCGGUGGAGGCUCCGGUGGUGGCAGCGGAUACGUAGGUUCUAGUGGUUAUGCAGGUGGAGAAGGAAGUGGAGGCGGAAGCGGCGGCGGAUAUGGAGGUGCUGGUGAACAUGGUGGUGCUGGUGGUGGUGGAGCUGGUGGAGGAAGUGGUGGCGGAGGCGGUUAUGCAGGUGCUGGUGGACAUGCCGGUGGAUAUGGAGGUGGGGCAGGUGAAGGUGCUGGAGGUGGAUAUGGAGGUGGAGCUGGCGGACAUGGCGGUGGUGGAGGUGGUGGUGGAGGAGGUGGAGGUGGCGGUUCUGGCGCCGGUGGGGCACAUGGAGGUGGAUAUGGUGGAGGCGAAGGAGGUGGUGCUGGUGGUGGAUAUGGUGCUGGUGGAGAACAUGGUGGUGCAUACGGAGGUGGUGGUGGGCACGGUGGAGGAGGCGGUGGUGGUUCCGCUGGAGGAGCCGCAGGGGGUGGCUACGGAAGUGGAGGAGGAGCCGGUGGUGGUGCAGGUGGAGCUCACGGUGGAGCAUAUGGCGGUGGUGAAGGAGGUGGUUCGGGUGGUGGUGGAGGCUAUGCCGCUGGAGGUGAACAUGCUGGUGGAUAUGGCGGAGGAGCCGGCGGCGGCGAAGGCGGUGGGCAUGGUGGCUAUGCUCCUUGAAUGCGGAUGGAAUCAUAUGAUAUUCCCCUUCCACAAAUUAUAAAUAUGUAUUUUUCCCAAGUAUUUUGAGAAUGAUUUCUUGAAUACGUUUAAGCUGCUACUAAGGGCUAGGAAGAUGCCUAGCUAAAAUUAUGUAGUUUGCAUGCAAUCAAACGUCAAAAAUUGUGUAAUGCAUGCAAACAGCGGUCGAGAAUCGCAUUAUUAUUGUGUGCUGUUUUUUUCAAUUAAUCAAAUCUUCAAAUUAUUGUAAUAUAAUUGGUCCAAUGGCUUUAUUUUGACCUCUCCCUAUAGGUUGCAUGCAUGCACAAUCGCACCAAUGAAAGCCCUUUGUUCAACCAGCACGAAGAAAAUGAAUUAAUAUUUCCCGCCCAAAGAAUAUGGCAGCAGUCAAGUUGCUUAUUAGUUGAGCUUCAUAUUGUAUGUAUACUUGCAUUAUAGGUGAUUAGAG